AUGCAUUCCUUCAAGUGAGUUAACAAUAAAAUAACCCUUUCGGGUGGACCACUUGACAUUGUGCCACCUGUGUAUCUCAUAGAAAGAAAAUGACAGAUACAUAUUGGAUUGCAAUUGCUUUUGGCCGUAUCUAUGUGGUUCCUUAUGCGCUGCUCCCUUGGCAUAGGACAGGAGUUCCAUUCUCAUUAUCACAAUUCUCUGCCCUGUGCCUUUGUUUCCAACUAACCAUACUGUACUGUGUCCUGCAUCCCUGCCUGCCUGCAGCUAAAGAUACCCUGACCCUCGCCUGGCAUCCUUUGUUCUUUUAUAUUCCAUUGUCACCUAGGCUCAGUUAACACUUGUAUAUUAUACAUUUAUUCCUUCAUAAAGUCAUAUGGGGAUUCUUUACCAGAACAAUAGUGCAGGUCAGUCUGGUGACAUUCCUGCUGAUGGCUCACUGCCUCCUCCUCUGGGCGCUUGGCUUGCGCUAACUGCUGGCUCCUCAGCCACUGUCUGACAUUUAGGUAGGACAUGUGUAUCCUUUUACUUUGGGGGAACUAAUGGGCUCAAAUUAGAUUACAUUUGCAGAAAGCUGCCUGUGACAGAUGUUGUUUUCCCUGUCAUAGAUGCGGCCGUUUAGCCCUGCCAGAAUGGUUAAGCUUCAGGAGAAGAACAUCCCAAGCAGUCCGUCUUAGUUUGUACUGUACAUGUUUAUUUUCCUCUGUCCCUUUGUACUCUCCAACCAGGUGGUGUACUGCAGAUGGGUGAUUGGUCUAAAUCAAAUCUUUACAAAUGUGUUGAUCUUCUCUUAUCUGCUAUUUUGCCCAACAUUUAAGUGUCCCCUCUCCUCAGUUGACUUGCUUGGGUGAUUUGCCUUCAUCUCCUAGGCUGUCAGAGGAGAGGAGGCCUGCCUGACCCAGUGGGGAUUCACCUCCUUGCUACCUCAGUGGGUCAGACAGUGAUGAAAGAACUCAGUGGGAUGAGGAGUUCUUUACUCAUGGGGCCAGAACACAGAUGAGCUACGUUCACACGUAGGGGGUCUCUUAAUCAGUAACGUAGCACACUGGAGGUACUACUUAUAUAAGAACACCUCUCCAAUUAGUUUGAAGACUCUUGUGCUCCGCUCUUUGUCAUACUGAGAUUGUUUAUGACAAGAAUCUACUGUCACGAUCGUUGACUGAAGACACGGACCAAGGCACAGCGUGAUAAGCGUACAUACUUUUAUUUAACGUACUUAAUGACAAAAACAACAAACAAACGAUACGUGAAGUCCUGAGGUUAUAACACAACAAACCUUUACGGAUCAAGAUCCCACAAAGACUAGUGCAAAACAGGCUGCCUAAGUAUGUUCCCCAAUCAGAGACAACGAGCUACAGCUGCCUCUGAUUGGGAACCACCCUGGCCAACAUAGAUCAAACGAUCUAGAACAAAAACAUAGAAAAACUAAACAUAGCAAAUCCACACCCUGGCUCAACAUUUAAGAGUCCCCAGAGCCAGGGCGUGACAUCUACACUGAGGAUACCAAACAUAAGGAACACUUCCCUAAUAUUGAGUUGCACCCCCCCCCACCCCUCUCCCUUUUGCCCUCAGAACAGCCUCAAUUCGUCAGGGCAUGGACUCUACAAGGUGUCGAAAGCAUUCCAAAGGGAUGUUGGCCCAUGUUGACUACAGUGCUUCCCACAGUUGUGUGAAGUUGGCUGGAUGUCAUUUGGGUGGUGGACCGUUGUUGAUACACAUGGGAAACUUUUUAGCGUGAAAAUUCCAGCAGCGUUGCAGUUCUUGAUACAAACCUGUGUGCCUGACACCUACUACCAUACCCUGUUCAAAGGCACUUAAAUAUUUUGUCUUGCCAAUUCACCCUCUGAAUGGCACACAUACACAAUCCAUGUAUCAAUUGUCUCAAGGCUUCGAAAUCCUUCUUUAACCUGUCUCCUCCCCUUCAUUUACACUGAUUGAAGUGGAUUUAACAAGUGACAUCAAUAAGGGAUCAUAGCUUUCACCUGGAUUCACCUGGUCAGUCUGUCAUGGAAAAAGCAGGUGUUCUUAAUGUUUUGUAUACACAUGUAGGUUCUUCAUUAUUGCAUACAUUUCACGGUGUGCAAUGUGAGGCUGAGCGAGUAUGUACACUACAGUGAUGGUUCUGUAUCUCUGGAUGGGUCUAAUUUGGAGCAGAGAUGUGGGGGAUUAUGAAAGGUCACCUGAAGGUCAGUAUAAAUAGAAAGGUCAACUAGCUACCCAUACUGGGGAGUUCAGUGAGAAGACCUGCAGUGCAACAACUCAAAUGUUAUAUAUAGACAACAGCUCUGAGGGAGCAGUUUAAAGACUGGUUGGCCAGCUGCGUUUGGCAGGAUGUUAUUUGGCAGAGAAUGCGGUAACUAGCAGACCUGCCAUGUUGUGUAUAAUGAUGAUAAUCUCCAAACAGCCAGAUCGAAACAUGACUUUGAAGAACAACAUCUUUACAUGAGCAAGGGAGACGGAAGUAGCAGCUUUGUGGGCAGACCCCAGCUAUUUAUUCAUGGUAAAAUGUAUUUGUUCUCUGUAAAUGUCACCACUGCCACUCAGAAAGGGCUCGUCACAUUGCAACUCACAGGAGCCGCUCAACGCCUAGUUUAACUUCUGAGGUUAAUGUCUGUGUGUGUCGUCUUAAUACAUGUUGAUUACAGAUUACAUGAUUACUUAUUAGCUUCACAGACAUACAGCUGCAUUAAUCCAUCCAUCUAUUCAUCAUUAAUUAAUUAAUUCAUUCAUUCAUUCAGCAUGUACACUGAGUAUAUAAAACAUUAACAACACCUGCUUUUUCCAUGACAGACUGACCAGGUGAAUUCAGGUGAAAACUAUGAUUCCUUGUUGAUGUCACUUGUUAAAUCCACUUCAAUCAGUGUAGAUGAAGGGGAGGAGACAGGUUAAAGAAGGAUUUUCACGCCUUGAGACAAUUGAUACAUGGAUUGUGUAUGUGUGCCAUUCAGAGGGUGAAUUGGCAAGACAAAAUAUUUAAGUGCCUUUGAACAGGGUAUGGUAGUAGGUGCCAGGCGCACCGGUUUGUAUCAAGAACUACAACGCUGCUGGGAUUUUAAUGCUCAACAGUUUCCCUUUGGUAUCAAGAAUGGUCCACCACCCAAAGGACAUCCAGCCAACUUGACACAAUUGUGGGAAGCAUUCGAGUCAAUAUGGGCCAGCAUCCCUGUGGAACGCUUUCGACACCUUGUAGAGUCCACACACCGAUGAAUUGAGGCUAUUCUGAUGGCAAAAGGGGGAGGUGCAACUCAAUAUUAGAAAGGUGUUCCUUAUGUUUAGUAUACUCAGCGUAUACAUGACAGAUAGAUUUAGAGCGAACACUAACCUUUUUGUUCUCCCCUGUGUAAAGCCGAUGGGAUUCUCUCCCAUUCACAGAGGCAAUCUAAUAUUUAAGAGAGUUUUACUGAGGGAUUGCGUGAGGCAGUGAAGAAGUGGCAGUGUUGAUUAGGAACACCUUCCUCAGGCCUCGCCCCUCUCACUCUCAGCCUCAUACGCUCCACUUCUAUUGCUGGAAGAAUGUGUGAUGCACCUCUAACAUUACUGUAACGUUUCACAGCAUGUGAAAGUAAUUUACUGGACAAAUAUUGCAUACUUACCUAUGUCAUACAGAGGCUUCUGUAGAUAGGUGAGUUGUGAAAGGGUUAAGAUGGGUUUUCAUAUAAUUAAAUGUAAUCUGGCUUCUUCUGACAGCACAUCUUUUGCCAGUAGCCAGGGUGAUAUCAAGUUAAUUAAAGAAAAUGUGUGCGCAUACAUAGAGUAUGUACGUGUGUGCACACCAGUGGCGGUCGGUGCCGUUUAAGAUGAGAGAGGAUACUUUUUUUAUUUCACAAGCAUGACCUUAUUUCUAUUACAGCAUAUUGGAUGACUGUCAUUCAUAUUCCAUUCACCCAGUUCAAUGUAACAUUGAUAGGUUUAGGCUACUACAUGAUACUCACAUUUUUCCUAUACACAUCAUGAGGUUGCUACAACCUAGCCUAUGAAUGAAAGUUUACAACGUAGGUGCACACAGGUCGAGAGAAACAUUUGAGGUGACAAGACAGUGACACAUGGACAGACAGUAACACAUUCAAUACUGCCUUGCACACUCUUGCCUGCAUCUAGCUGAUCUAGAGUGUAAUUAUUAGUCUAACAGUUGCAAACGAGAGUUUCUAUUAGACAAAUUCAGGUAUGUUUAUCCCCGUUUCGUUUGCUUCCGUUUAAGAAACAUUUUUCAACAGAAUCGGCAGAAUCUAUACACCCCUGAUCACAUGUAAACACAGUUCACUUUCAUAGCAGCCACGUUGUAUUCCUUUUCGCAUCUACGUGCUCUCCUCCUCUCACCUUUUCCCUUCGCUUGUGGACUUCAAUGCUGUAUGUGACCAGGGGACAAAACCUUUCCAAGCCAAACCAUAUCAUGACCGCUAUAUCGUUGUCACCAUAUUAGCUAAAGUAACGUCAUAGACAACAUAGCUAAUAGAAUUAAAGCGUUAGUAAACCUGCUACAAUCAUGCAGUAACAUUACGUUACGUUACUAAGUCAUGUUUUGCAGAGGGGUCAAAUACUUAUCUCCCUCGUUAAAAUGCAAAUCAAUUUCUAAAAUUUUUGACAUGCGUUUUUCUGGAUUAUUUUGUUGUUAUUCUGUCUCUUACUGUUCAAAUAAACCUACCAUUAAAAUUAUAGACUGAUCAUGUCUUUGUCAGUGGGCAAACGUACAAAAUCAGCAGGGGAUCAAAUACCUUUUUCCCUCACUGUAGGUGUCCUCCAGCUACACCAUGUUGCUACCCUACAGAGUGCUGUUGAGGCUACUGUAUACCUUCAUUGCAAAACAGUGUGUUUUAAUCAAUUAUUUGGUGACGUGAAUAUAUUUAGUAAAGCUUUAUCUAAAAAGGAUAACUUUUUUAACGUUUUACAAUUUUUAUUUGUAUGAAAUUCACUGAGGAGAAUGGUCCCUCCCUUCCUCCUCUGAGGAGCCUCCAUUAGUGGGGAAGGAUCACUGUGUAAUCCUUGGCUAGUCCCCCUGUCCUCCUGUCUGUGUGUCUGCAGUGAGACAUGGUCUUGAAUGGGUCAGACCUCCAGGCCCAAGGCAGAUGUGAUCAGUGUGACCAGAUGCCCCGACGCUCCUCUUCCUCCCCCAGGCACAGCCUGUCUUUUCAGCUCUGCUGUUACACACACUCCAACACCCAGCCAUCCCAUAGCUACAAAGGUUUACACACUCACACAUACUCCUCCUUUUACAGUACAUACAGUACACUCUGUUUCUCUGACCCACACAAACACGCACAUAGGUAUGCACGUCCAGACACACACACACACACACACAUACACUCACAAACUCAACCCUGCGUGCCUCACAGCCCUUUCCCAGUGCAGAGGUGAGGUGACCCAGUCACCCUGAGUGUUAUGACAUGCUCAACAGUUUAACAGAACAACGGUUCUGUCAAAAACAGAGAUGACCGUCACAUCUGAGCUGUGUGCUGCAAUCAUUGCACUGUCAUGUUCAGACAAUACAGACCGACAGAAUGCAAGUUGUGAAGUUAAGCAUUGUCUCUGGAGACUUGUUACCCGCCCAGACUUGGCUGAAAGACCUACUGACAUAACACUGCCUCCCUCCCUCAGAUGUCGGUGCCUGUGUGUGUGUCGGUGCCUGUGUGUGUGUCGGUGCCUGUGUGUGUGUCCGUGCCUGUGUGCAUGUGUUUGCUGUAGCAUACACUUGGGAAAUGAUAUCUCAUUUUCAUUUUACUGUUGCCAUUGGCGAUUUGUGUAUCGUUAUUGUACCUCAUUACCUCUUAUAUUGAAUUGAUGGUAGUGUUAUACAGUAGCUAUCCACAUUAAUAUCAACCCUCCUGACCAGUUAGUUGCAUUUUCAUGAAAAUUGUAAUAAACUAAUGUCAAUUUUAGAAGUGUUCCCUGCUGCUAACAUGCUGGAAGUGUAACUGGACGACCAAGCUGUUUUUCCCACCUUGUUGUAGUGGCUGGACCUGGAGCGUUCCCCUGUGUCCAGUUGUUGUGCCUGUUAGCUGUCAUGAAUUUAAGUUGAAACAGAAGAAAUGGCUUCAUAGUGUGCCUGCUGAAGGCAAGAACACUCUUGAUUUCUUACCUACCUACUUACAUACAUUAUUAUUAUUAUUAUUAUUAUUAUUAUUUUUAUUCCGCUCUAUCUAGAGCUUAAACCGCUUAAGCUAUUAACACCAAAUCAACGUUAGAAUGUGCUGACAGGCCGUCUUCAGGUUGCUUAAGAAAAUAUUUUUGAAACUAUUUAUGCUUUUUGUACUACAACCAUAUUUGCAUAAAACUCAAUGCAAGUCAAUAGCCAUAGACUUGAAUUGUAAAACAUUUAAAAAUGGAUACGCAUCUCCUCUUUCACCAUUUAAGCUAUCAACACCAAACCAACUUUAAGAUGUUCAGAACGACUCUACUUAGAUUUCAUAUCAAAGGCUUUUUGAUACUUUUGAUACUUUUUACUAUAAGUAUUUAAAACUUGCAAUAUUUACAUUAGAGUCAAUGGUGACAAUAAGAGGUAGAUUUUCACAGUGCCACUGCUUUCUAACCAUUAAAGAUAGAAACUCUAAACCAAUUUCAGGAUGAAGGAAACACUGAAUAGAUUAAUAGAUUAUUUAAUUUCUCCAUCCAUUAAUAAAUUAACAUUUGCAUACAUUUUCAUAUUAGAGCAAAACUCAUAACUCUGUAACCGUAUACGCUAUAUACUACAACAAUAUUUAAAUUAGCUCCCAAUGGAUUGCAAUGGCAAAAAAGGGCGACAGACUUGAAUGGUAAAAAUAAAUAAAAAUUCUAGACCUAUCUCCUCUUUCACCGUUUAAGCUAUCAACACCAAACCAACGUUGAGAUAUUCAGACUGACCCAACUUACGUAUAUUGCUUGCAUUCAGAUUUUUAUACUAUUAACACUUUUUCAACUAUAACAAUAACACAUUUGAUUUGCAUAAAAUAACAUGGGUUAGAAUGAAAACCAUAGGAAUACAGUGGUAGCUAUUCAAAAUGGUCCUGCUCCUUGGCCAAUUACAAGACCAACUUUAAAACGUUAAGAACAAUCCUAACUUAAAAUCUUUAUAAACUGUUUUAAUUAGCAUAAAUUAGCAUAUAACUUAAUGGGUUCAAUGCCAACCAUAAAAACACAGUGGUAGACAUGUUAAAUGCUACUGCUCUUUAACCAUUUCAUCUACAAACAUUUAAACAACGUUAACUAUUUCUAUUUGCAAACAUUAGCAUAAAAUAACCCACCAUCUCUUGAACAGUUUAAGCGAGAGACAUCAAACCAACUUUCACAUGUUCAGGCUAUCAUAUCCUAUGAAUCAUUCAAUCAAUUAAUCAAUAUAUCAAUUCUCACAUCUACCUACUUUUUCAACUAUAACCAGUCACUACCAUUACUACUGCAGUCACUUCCACUACUAUAACUUAUUUCACAACCACUAAUACUUUAAGACAAGCUAGCAAACACACACAUUUUCUUCUGGAAAUGUAGUUGUUUUUGCUUUCCUUUGCUGGUAUUAUCAGUGGCAUUCUCACAUGCCCCCCCCCCCCCCCCCACCCCACACACACCCCUAUUCCUGGGCUCCCUCUGUUGUCGCUGUCUUUAAAUUCUCUUUUAGUGUGUGAGCUGCAUUGUGCAGCAGGGAUUCAGGGCAAUAAAAUGAGCUUUUGUUCAGCGAAUCUUCCAGAGUAACGGUUGCCAUGAUUUCUGGAUUUGGAAACAGGUCUGUGGGUGAUGAUGUUCUUCUCCCCAAAUAUGCAGGGUGAAUCCAAAUACUGGAGCCAGCUAAUCCUCUGCUUUGCAUAAAACAACAGAGAACAACACCUUGUUAUUUUUAUUUUCACACAAUUACUCUGCUUUAGUUAGCUGCUUUGCUGCUUCCAAGAGAGGAGUGUCAUCUUCGAGAAACCUGCAUUUACACUCAGUGCUCCUUUAAUGCUGAACGCUAUUUGCUACAGAUCUAUCAGCUUUCCCCAUCUUCCCCUCAGCCCACACAACUUUCAUGUUUAUUUACACCUGAUCUGCCUGAAAUUGAGAAGAUUGUUUCAUAGAAUGCAUACUAAUUGGAUGGGUGCAGCCUACAAAGGACAAUCCAACAAUACGUGUUUCUGUUUUCAUAAAUGUGAUCACUGUUUCACAGCGACGCUGUGAUCAUUGGAGCAGACAUGCUGCAGCAGCUAUCUCUGUCCCUGCUGUGGUUUAGAAGACUUUUGUAGCAGAACGUAGAACGCUCACAGAUUCAGGCCUAGAAUCAUUUAUCAAAGGUUUGUGCGCACAAAAAAGACUAAACCUUGCGUGUGCCAGUUUUCCCGCAAAGGUUGGUAUUGAUCCCUUUUGAACUUGAUGGGAAAGUAUGCACAACUUCUAGUGGUUGAUCAACUGUAUUGCAAGCAAAUAUAGUUAUUUUAAGGGAAAUAGCAUUGUUUGAUGCACAAUAAUUAUAAUAAUGGUAGGCUAAUAAAAACAUUAAAAUGUAGGCCUAAUGAUAAAACAGAUGCAUUUGCCAUUGGUAAGGAGAUCAAAUAGCAGCAUGUCACCUAAUAUAUUUAUUUUACUUUUAUUAUUCAGGCCUAAAUCAUAAUCAUAUUACAGGGCAUGUCUCUCCUUUUCUGACAGGACUGGUUUAUUCCCGCUACACAACAACUAUUAGGCUACCAUUUAUCCAUUGCUCAUUUGAUAGCCAACCAUGCUCAAAGGUAAAUAGAUCAGUAGCCUAUUUAAAAUAUUUGACAGUAUGGGUAGGCUACAGUAUUGCUGUGCGAUAGGAGCGCAACAUCAUAGCCUAUUUAAUCUCAGAGCCUAUACCAAGGCAGGAGAUAGAAACACAAUCAUGUGUUGAUAAACAAAAUAUUGAGCAACAGUUCGUCCUUUGCAUAGAAGUGUGGGCUGUAGGCAGCAUUUACUUUGAAAUUGUUUGAAUAUCAAAUCAAAUCAAAUUGUAUUUGUCACAUGCGCCGAAUACAAGAGGUGUAGACCUUACCGUAAAAUGCUUACUUACAAGCCCUUAACCAACAAUGCAGUUCAAGAAAUAGAGUUAAGAAAAUAUUUACUAAAUAAAGUAAAGUAAAAAAUAAAAUAAAAGUAACACAAUAAAAUAACAAUAACGAGGCUAUAUACAGGGGGUACCGGUACUGAGUCAAUGUGCGGGGGUACAGGUUAGUCGAGGUAAUUUGUACAUGUAGGUAGGGGUAAAGUGACUAUGCAUAGAUAAUAAACAGUGAGUAGCAGCAGUGGGGGGGGGGGGUCAAUAGUCCGGGUGGCCAUUUGAUUAAUUGUUCAUCAGUCUUAUGGCUUGGGGGUAGAAGCUGUUAAGGAGCCUUUUGGACCUAGACUUGGCGCUCCGGUACCGCUUGCCGUGCGGUAGGUGAGCUAACAGUCUAUGACUUGGGUGACUGGAGUUUGUGACAGUCUUUGGGCCUUCCUCUGACACCGGCUAGUAUAUAGGUCCUAGAUGGCAGGAAGCUUGGCCCCAGUGAUAUACUGGGCUAUAUGCACUACCCUCUGUAGCGCCUUACGGUCGGAUGCCGAGCAGUUGCCAUACCAGGCGGUGAUGCAACCGGUCACGAUGGUGCAGCUGUAUAACUUUUUGAGGAUCUGGGGACCCGUCAGGAAGUCCAGGAUCCAGUUGUAAAGGGAGGUGUUUAGUCCCAGGGUCCUUAGCUUAGUGAUGAGCUUUGUGGGCACUAUGGUGUUGAACGCUGACCUGUAGUCAAUGAACAGCAUUAUCACAUAGGUGUUCCUGUUGUCCAGGUGGGAAAGGGCAGUGUGGAGUGCGAUUGAGAUUGCGUCAUCUGUGGAUCUGUUGGGGCGGUAUGCAAAUUGAAGUGGGUCUAGGGUUUCCGUGAUGAUGGUGUUGAUGUGAGCCAUGACCAGUCUUUCAAAGCACUUCAUGGCUACCGACGUGAGUGCUACAGGGCGGUAGUCAUUUAGGCAGGUUACCUUCGCUUUCUAGGGCACAGGGUCUAUGGUGGUCUGCUUGAAACAUGUAGGUAUUACAGACUCGGUCAGGGAGAGGUUGAAAAUGUCAGUGAAGACACUUGCCAGUUGUGUCUGCGCAUGCUCUGAGUACACAUCCAAGUAAUCCGUCUGGCCCCGCAGCCUGAAUGUUGACCUGUUUAAAGGUCUUGGUCACAUCGGCUACUGUGAGCGUGAUUAGAGAGUCGUCCGGAACAGCUGGUGCUCUCAUGCAUGCUUCAGUGUUGCUUACCUCGAAGCGAGCAUAAAAGGCAGUUAGCUUUACAAUCGAUCUUGCAGAAUGCGCGGCCAGUGUUUGGCACUUUUCAGUCUGAAAAAGUCAUUGCAAAAGAUUAGCCAUUGCACUUUCUUUUAGAAACUGACAUGGCCCAGUUCCAACAUUUCCAAAUCAUACAGCAAAUGAGGGUUUUUGUUACCAUAAAAGGUGAAUGGAGGGCAUUUUCCAGAUGGGGUUGUAGCGCUCGUUCAAGAGUGCACAAAUGUAGUAUGGCUCUGAUUUAUCAAUGAAAACAUCCGUAUAUUUUGCAUGUGACAGUUUGAUAAACCCCAAUAAUUUGUUGUGCACGCAAAGCCUAGAAUUUAGUGAGAAAUGUACGCACAGUUGAUAAAUGCGUCGCCAGGUCUUUUGAAGGUACAAUUAUCGCUAUGAUUGAUCAUGAAUAUUUUAAUUGCUUAUCUUUUUCUCAUAUUGUGUAUGUUACACAUCUCACUGUACCCGUGGCAUUGUGAGAAACUGUGAUUAUCCAAGUGAUUGAGUGGUUAUCUGUAGUGUCAACAGAAUGCAAUGCAGUGUCAUUGUGUGCCAAGAAACGAUUAGUGUUACUCUUGAAACAUGGAUUUGUCACUCCCCUCAUGCAACACUUUCCCUUUCGUUUGAGUCUAUCGUAGACUGGCAAUGUUUGGAUAAUUGGAGACUCCUCUCUCUCUUCUCUCUAGGUCCCUCUCUGGUCGCAUUGUGGGGGGCGUGUGGUGGUUCUUCACCCUCAUCAUCAUCUCCUCCUACACGGCUAACCUGGCUGCCUUCCUCACAGUAGAGAGGAUGGUGUCGCCUAUAGAGAGUGCUGAGGACCUGGCCAAGCAGACGGAGAUCGCCUAUGGUACCUUAGACGGAGGCUCCACCAAAGAGUUCUUCAGGGUGAGCUGCUGCUCUAGAUGUUAUCACUCUGAAAAAGCAUACAGUCAUGAAGUGGCUCUAUAGUUUCUGAUGAGAUGGCUACAUUCUCAAAGAGCACAUCUGUAGCCUAUAUAGUUCACUCAAGUCAUUAUUGUUUUUGCACCUCAGAGAUCGAAGAUUGCCGUGUUUGAGAAGAUGUGGUCCUACAUGAAGUCUGCCGACCCGUCAGUGUUUGUGAAGACCACAGACGAGGGUGUGGUACGGGUCAGGAAGUCCAAAGGGAGGUAUGCUUACCUGCUGGAGUCCACCAUGAACGAGUACAUCGAGCAGAGGAAACCAUGUGACACUAUGAAGGUGGGCGGAAACCUGGACUCUAAAGGAUACGGCAUCGCCACUCCCAAGGGAUCAGCACUAAGGUAAUUACAGGCUGGUCACAUCACCAUGACGAUCUACCACAUGUUGUGUUUUACAUGUGAAUGCCAAAGACACAAUGAGGUGAGUGAGCUUACAUAAAUGAUCAAUUAUUUUUCAGAUGUAAUUAUAAAGUAGAUAAUAAUGACUGAAGAGAUAUUUGCUUUAAUACAUUUAGUUAAAUGUUAUAUUAAUGUCUCAAUCUAUGGGCAAAUUAUGCACAUUUUGUCUGUUUCAGUAAUAAUGCGUAAUAGUUACAUAUUGUAAUGUUAUAGUGAGAUCUCAUUCAGCCAUACAUAACUAUACUGUACUUAUGGUUUGUAACCACUCUCACCAGAAGUCUAGAAUGCUUGUGUCCCUUCUGUCUCAACUCAGUUAAUAAAGUAUCAUCAACACGUACUUACAGUUGAAGUCAGAACUUUACAUACACCUUAGCCAAAUACAUUUAAACUUACUGACAUUUAUUCCUAGUAAAAAUUCCCUGUCUUAGGUCAGUUAGGAUCACCACUUUAUUUUAAGAAUGUGAAAUGUCAGAAUAAUAGUAGAGAGAAUGAUUUAUUUCAGCUUUUAUUUCUUUCAUCACAUUCCCAGUGGGUCAUACGUUUACAUACACUCAAUUAGUAUUUGGUAGCAUUGCCUUUAAAUUGGUUAACUUGUGUCAAACGUUUCAGGUAGUCUUCCACAAGCUUCCCAUAAUAAGUUGGGUGAAUUUUGGCCCAUUCCUCCUGACAGAGCUGGUGUAACUGAGUCAGGUUUGCAGGCCUCCUUGCUCGCACAUGCUUUUUCAGUUCUGCCCACAAAUGUUCUAUAGGAUUGAGGUCAUGGCUUUGUGAUGGCCACUCCAAUACCUUGACUUUGUUGUCCUUAAGCCAUUUUGCCACAACUUUGGAAGUAUGCUUGGGGUCAUUGUCCAUUUGGAAGACCCAUUUGCUACCAAGCUUUAACUUCCUGACUGAUGUCUUGAGAUGUUGCUUCAAUAUAUCCACAUCAUUUUCCUUCCUCAUGAUGCCAUCUAUUUUGUGAAGUGCACCAGUCCCUCCUGCAGCAAAGCACCCCCACAGCAUGAUGCUGCCACCCCUGUGCUUCACGUUUGGGAUGGUGUUCUUCGGCUUGCAAGUUUCCUCCUUUUUCCUCCAAACAUAACGAUGGUCAUUAUGGCCAAACAGUUCUAUUUUAGUUUCAUCAGACCAGAAGACAUUUCUCCAAAAAGUACGAUCUUUGUCCCCAUGUGCAGUUGCAAACCGUAGUCUGGCUUUUUUAUGGCGGUUUUGGAGCAGUGACUUCUUCCUUGCUGAGCGGCCUUUCAGGUUAUGUCGAUAUAGGACUCGUUUUACUGUGGAUAUAGAUAGUUUUGUACCUGUUUCCUCCAGCAUCUUCACAAGGUCCUUUGCUGUUGUUCUGGGAUUGAUUUGCACUUUUCGCACCAAAGUACGUUCAUCUCUAGGAGACAGAACGCGUCUCUUUCCUGAGAGGUAUGACGGCUGCGGGGUCCCAUGGUGUUUAUACUUGCGUACUAUUGUUUGUACAGAUGAAUGUUGUAUCUUCAGGCAUUUGGAAAUUGCUCCCAAGGAUGAACCAGACUUGUGGAGACCUACAAUUUUUUUCUGAGGUCUUGGCUGAUUUCUUUUGAUUUUUCCAUGAUGUCAAGCAAAGAGGCACUGAGUGUGAAGGUAGGCCUUGAAAUACAUCCACAUGUACACCUCAAAUUGACUCAAAUGUUGUCAAUUAGCCUAUCAGAAGCUUCUAAAGCCAUGACUUCAUUUUCUUGAAUUUUCCAAGCUGUUUAAAGGCACAGUCAACUUAGUGUAUGUAAACUUCUGACCCACUGGAAUUGUGAUACAGUGAAUUAUAAGUGAAAUAAUCUGUCUCUAAACAAUUGUUGGAAAAAUUACUUGUGUCAUGCACAAAGUAGAUGUCCUAACCGACUUGCCAAAACUAUAGUUUGUUAACAAGAAAUUUGUGGAGUGGUUGAAAAAACGAGUUUUAAUGAUUCCGACCUAAGUGUAUGUAAACUUCCGACUUCAACUGUAUGUUGGAAGCAUGACUGUUCAGUCCCUUACUUAUUCAUACAAUAUCAUUUUGCAAUGUCUUUCUCCAUUAAAUAACUAAGCAAACGGGGGACGAUAACGGUUAUGAAAAUAUAAAUUCAGUCUUGACAGAUAGUACAUGAAAGCUAAUUAAAAUGAACUUUAAAUUAAGCCCUGAUGUUAUUACCUGCAGCUUUUUAUCUUUGCGCUCUGUGGUGCUGUUUCACUGCUUCAUUUGGAAAAACAGUAGACAAUGGAGACACUACAAGAGAUGUGCACUUUGGUAGUAAAUAUCAAAUCGGCAUUUUCGCAAGAAAGAGCCCUAGAAAUAGAAUCCUACAUUUUAGUUGUUACCUUUCCUUGUACCAUCUCUCAUGAUUGAAUUACCAUUUUAUUUUAGUACCAAAAACCAAUUAUGACCCAGUAUUUGCCUAGUUAUUUCAGGGCAAAGGCACUGUAACCCAGUUUUAUUUAUGUUUUGCAAGAUUUUGCUGUUCAAAUUUAGGAACUCAUGAGUUUCACCACUUUUCAUGCAUCUGUGUUCAAUCAGAUUUUAUUUUCCUCAUAUUAACAGGCCCAUUCACAAAGCACAUAGGCUUUGGCAUCCACACCUAGCAGCCUUUUUGAUCGAUCACUCAUGUCGUUUACCUAGUUUAUAGUCUACCAAUUCCACAUUACCUGCAUCACAUAUGUUUGAUACACAUGUAAUAUCUUUAUCAAGGUGACCGAAGAGAGUGGUGUUUCACAAAGGCUUUCAUACUUACACUCACUGAUGUGAUGGCUGGUACAGGCUGGGCGGGAUUGCCUCAUACAUGCUCUGAGAUUAACUGUUUUGUAUCACACUGUGGCUGUGAAUUCAAAUUCGCUAUCAAGUUCCGAGCCAAUUAUGUCAAUUGAUCUUUAUUUGGAUUUACGUAUAUAGGAUUUAUAUUUUCCUAUUCUAUAUUCUUAAAGUUGUAAAAAUGUUGCUCUUGAAAACGAACCAUCUAAAACUAGCUUUAACCAAUCAAUAAUCACCAUGCCGCAGUGUACUAUAUUUGCACUUUAAUGAUAGUUUGUGUAUGUUGGAAGUAGAAAAUGCUGUUGAAAUAACUACUGUAUGAACUGUAAGAACUUUGCCACAUCAGAUGCAUACUAUUCUAUAUGAGCUUUGGUUUUGAUCAUUUGGAAAAUCUCUUAACCAUCAGUUCUAAAUACGAUCAAUGUUGCUCUGUCAGAUUCAGACAACACCAUUAUCCACCAUCAUAAAGUUGUAAACUGUAAUCAGUUCUCCAUAAUAUCCAUGAAACACAAAUGGACCAAGAGUCAUUCAUUGCUAUGCUUCUGAUGUGGCCCACCAUUCCAUCCCACCCUUGCCUUAUCUUGCCUUACCUGUUGAAAAUGUAAUGUUCUUCCUUCCUGUUUUUCCCCACAUCAUCAUCACUCACAUCACUUUAUUUUGUCAGUUGCAUCACAAGAAAACUGACGCUCUCAAAGAUAAAUGCUACUAAUCCUAAUACAGGAUGUGGAUUUCUUUUACUCAUCCAUAAGGCAGACUCUUUCUUUCUAAUUCUCUCUGGAUAAGAAAGAAUUCAGGGGUUUUACUGAGAAAGACUCUAGCUUGUUGAGGUUCAUGCUGCUAUAUGUCCAUUAGUCUUCUUUUCAGCAGCACCUUCUGCCAUGUUAGUAAUGAGAGGGUUGUCCACAGUGGACCAGCAAUAGCAAAGGGUGAAGGCAAGGGAAUGGACCACAAUGGACAAUAUCGGUAAUGCUUUGGAUGGUGUUCCUUGAUCACAACAAUAACACAAUGAAUGAUGAUGACUGACGAAAACUGAAUAUUACAAAGUGAAUCAACAAGUUGGCUAUUUAUGCCUUUUCCUUAUCCAGGGAACUACUUAUUUCAGGAAAUGUUCAUAGAACGAUAUGAUCACACACCAAAAUCUAAGACAUUACUGACAUUUAUAGUUCUCCUACCUAUAACCCUUGUCUUGCUUGGUAAAAUCUGUCAUGGUUUAGCCAUAUUACAUUAUUUUUACAUACUAGAAACAAAUGUUUGUCUUAAUUGUACAGUGUCAGCCACAUUAUUAGUUACUUAUUUUUUUAAAUACAUUUUUCAUUGUUCUGAUGACAAUACCUACUUUUUACUCUUUAGACUUUAUUUCUGAACUACCUCUGCCACACACCACGUAUCACAUCUCCAUAAAUGCUGACCAGUAUUAUUCUAUUAUCAUUUCAAGAAACCCAGUAAACUUGGCAGUGUUAAAACUGAACGAGCAGGGCCUGUUGGACAAAUUGAAAAACAAAUGGUGGUACGACAAGGGCGAAUGCGGCAGCGGGGGAGGUGAUUCCAAGGUCAGCCCCAGUAUGAGAAACCUAGCGGGUAACCACGACGAUGGGGGUAACCGGCAACGUACCUUCAAAAACACACUGGCUGCAAUACCACAAAUCCCCCUUCGUCCUUGGUGACGUUAGUUUGUGUAACCGUAGAACUAUAUUGUAUUAUAAAUUCUUCAAAAACUUGCAGUUUACUUUCAAAGUAGUUGUAUUAGCAAUUCCCCGAAAUAACACAGUUUUAUGUAUGUUUUCUCAAGUACUGCCUUUAUAGAGCAACAAUAAUUGACAGGUUUGCAUAUCUGAGUGUUUACAUUUUGCCGGUUACCCAAAGUGAUAUAGUAAUACACAUCUUGCAGUAGGGAGAAAGGACACAAAGCUAGAUGGAGUAUUAAUGCAUAUCACUUUGGCAGUGACAGUUUCAAGUUGUGAUUGUGUUUUUUUGUUUAUCUAUCUAGAUAUCUAUUCAUAAUCAUGGGUGUAUGUUUACUAUGUGCUGAAUAACAUAAGAUAACAUGGGUAAUGUUAUUUAUGUUAUUUCCCUGGUUGAAGAAUCCCCGUAAACCUAGCGGUGUUGAAACUCAAUGAGCAAGCCGUCUUAGACAAACUAAAGAACAAAUGGUGGUACGAUAAGGGAGAGUGUGGAAGCAAGGACUCCGGAAGAAAGGUCAGUCCAUGUGUUGGUCCUAUACUUAACACCAAGAUUGAGCAUUAGCACUUCUGUAAGGUCGCUCCCUAGCACUCAGCACCUUUUCUCUUUGUCUCCAAUCUGCCAUUUACCCAAACUGGUGUCCUUAUAACAGCGAUUCAUGUCAGCUCUGGAACUCAGACACCUUAGUGAUUAGUGUUAAUUGCUGUGUCCUCGCAUCCUAUGGAUAAGUCAACGGCCUGUAAUUAGAUCUUGGUAAAUGCUUGUUUCAUCAAACCAAAAUGUAUACCUAGGGUUGGAUUCUCUUCUCCGAAAUCUGAGUAGCUAAUGCUGAUGCAGCCAAUUGCAAUGAUAGCAAUAGACGUUGAAUAGUAUAUGAAAAACAAAGCUAAAAACCAUAAAAUUGCUGUCAGCGCCAAUACCAUAUUUUCCAAUGUCUGGGAUAUUCUUGAGUCAUCAACAGACAAAGUAUUCACAGUUUGCUGAAUGAAUAGAAUUUUGAUUGAUUUGUGAUCUUAACUUUCAAAAUAAAAUAAAGAGACACAAGUGUAAAUGACGGUGCGGAGAGAAAGCCCUUGAUACAAGACCUCCUCCAUAUCUGGAUCUUCUCUCCCAGAAUCGGCCCCUCUAGUGCUGUUUUCCUCGUCUCUGUCUUUUAUUUAGACAGUGUGCAUGCUAUUGGAUGAGAUCCAAGACACGGCCUGUCGGCCACCAAACCCAGACAAUGCAUGUCACGGAUGUGCACAAACCCUCUUGUGAUGUAAUGACUACCAUGGCUUGUCGAACAAAUUGCCCUCCCUUAUUUAGUGCAUUUAUUUGAAAAUGUAAUGAUAUUUUAUAGAGAUACCCCUACCUAUGAAGUAAACCUAAAACAAAGUUGACCUUUUUUCCUCUUGCAUGGUUCCACUCUAUUAGAACAAGUCUUGGAAUUAUUUAGAAUACACAACACCAGCUACAUAUAAUUCUGGAACUUCCUGGUUAAGUAAAAGAUAAAUAAAUAAGCGAGGAGAUAUAGAAUGGAAUUAAUGGUUUUUAAUGCAAAUGUUAUUUUGAUUGACUGGACAUUAUGUCAUAUAAAAGAUACAGUAUACCAUAAAUGCACAUUAAUCCUCUACUUUCUGAGGACAUGUUCACCCCAAGCUUGUUAGAUGUGCAUGACUCUGCAUGUUUCUGUCAGCCCUUAGAAAUAUACUGUAUCAAGUUUGUUGUUGAUAGUAGUCAGUUAAAUUACAAAGACAUGCCAGCACCUUUAUAGGUGAUAAACAAUAACCUGUUGAUUAAUGAAGGCACACUUAAGGGUAUAUGCCUUAUAAGGUCACCAUGACAGUGUAGUAGCCUUAGAGAACAGUUAUAUGGUUAUCCUACCUUUAUAUUAGUGUACUAUGGUGUGCUGUAGUGUUUUUCUUGGGCAUGAUUUGGUGCAUCUCACCCUGUGUCUCUGUGCCUGUAGGACAAGACCAGUGCUCUGAGCCUCAGCAAUGUGGCUGGGGUGUUCUACAUCUUAAUUGGAGGGCUGGGGCUGGCUAUGCUCGUGGCCUUGGUCGAGUUCUGUUACAAGUCCAGGAUUGAGUCCAGGAGGAUGAAGGUAAGCUAAGUGCAGGACUACAGGCAGCGCUUGCCAUAACCUUUAUGCAAUGACGAAGGCUCUGUAAUGUAAUAAGAGCCAAUAUCCAUGACUCUAACCUGGCACCGAUCAUUAUCUACUCAUGCCGCCACUAUGACUCAUACAGAGAUACUGUACAUCUCCCUGAACUACAGGAAUGAAGAAUAAAGCACUUUGUCAGGCAUAGAGCUGUUUUAAUGAAGGGUUCCAUGCAGUGCUACAGCUACUAGAUGACUAUGAUUUGAGUAAUUGUGCUGAAGAGUUUGUGUGUAGGUGGAGAAUAUGUCACACCACUUCUUAGUUGUACAAUACUUAUUCUCUCCUGUGUUGUACUGUAUCUUCUGGAAAUAGAGACGUUUGUGUUAUGUUUGUAAUCGCCAUCUCUGAUGACCCUUGAAAAUAAUCACAUAUUAACUGGCAGAUGCAUUUGAUCAUGCUACAGUAGAAGCUCCUAUUUAGAUCAAAGAUGUGGCUGUCUUUUCAUCUUAGCAGAGAAUUAGUUCAGACUUGUAUAUAACUUUGAUGAGCAACUUCUCAUUAACCUCAUGGACUUAAUGCUUAAUAUUUGUAUUUAUUCAAAUUUUUACAUUGUAGUCAUUUAGCAGAGCCUCUUAUCCAGAGCUACUUACAAUUAGUGCAGCGUUUCCCAAACGCGGUCCUCUGGACUCCAAGGGGUGCACGUUUUGGUUUUGAAUGCAUUUAUAAAAUAAAAAAACGAACAUCCAAAUGCAGCAGACAGUAAGAUUAAGUAAUUACAACAGAUGUGUUGUUUAUUACAUCAGUUAAGAAGACAUGAAACCAGGGUCUUUCUUUGCAUAUGAGCAACAAAAGUGAUUUAAUGACAUUAUUAUAUUUUAAUGUGUAUAUGAUACAUGUCUGCUUUACAGUACAUGUUCAACUCUCCAGCAUAAACAGCCAUUCUGUUGAAAAUGUUUACUUGUCAUGUCGAGUAGACAGCAGAAUCACAUAACUGCUGUGUUUAAAGUAUCACAGCCACAAAUCGCUGCUGCGAAUAUACCAAUUAGUCUGCAUCAGCCGAAGAGCAUAAUCCUCGGAAUCCAUUGAAGUGUGCUGGAUUUAAAUCAUUUAUACACCGAGGAUGUACAAGCCCACAUCCAGAUCAUUAGCUCCAGUUUCAAGCCUACAGGGUUUCAUUAUGUUAAACUAAUGCAAAAGAGAGUAGGCUGGGAGCUAGUGCCGCACGGUUCUGCUUGCGUUAUUGUUAUGGGUUCGGCCUCAUAUUUUGUAUGGUACAAUUAUUGCACAUGGCUCUCCACUGUGUGAAAUAAACAGAGAGAAAUAAGCAGAGAGAAUGAGUUCAUUCUCUGAUCUUUCACAAGAGUUUAUGAUGGAAUAAAGCAACUGAGUGACUCAUAGUACAGAAGUCAGGAUUGUCUGUUUGCAAAUCCCUGCUUUAUACAAAGUCACUGAACCAAUAAUGAUGACUUAGUGGCUGUUUCAAGUAAUUCGUUUAUUUUAACGCAUUACCGAGGGAUAUGUCCAUCCUAAAUUGAACUCAGUAAAGUAAAAUUAACCCAGUUGGCUUCAGUAGAUUAACUCAGUAGAGUUCAAUAUUUCAAUAGAUUACCUUAGUAGAGAUCAGCAGAGUUCAUGCGUAACUAUCAUGUGUUUCUCUGUGUUGUUGUUAUGUAACACAGUAGUGUAAUGAAACUCUCCCAUGCAGCAAAUCAUUGAUGCGGCCAUGCUGAGCUCCACCCUGAGCAGGAUGACCAGGACAGGGAGUGGGGGAGAGAACGGACGGGUGGUCGCCCAUGACUUCCCCAAAGCUGCACAGACUCUCCCCUGCAUGAGCCAGGCCGCAGGCAUGGGCCUGAGCACCACAGGCAUGUGA